AUGGCGACAUGGCCUGAAGCAAAAGGCAAGCAGAUCCGCUACACGUCGGUUGCAGGCUACUUUCUUCAAGAUGAUCCCAAGACAAACCCAAGCGGAUUCGACUACGCUCAGCACAACUUUGGGUUGAUAGACAGGAAAUACCCCACAGACGACAAGUUUGAUCCUGAGGGUACCAAGUCGCAAUGGCAGCGCUUCGGCAAAUGGGUUCACUAUCUCAACCAUCAUUGUGACAAGAGCGAAAAUGUCCGCUACAAGCUGGUCUUCUUUGGUCGCCAUGGUCAGGGUUACCACAACGUCGCCGAGAGCUACUAUGGCACGCCCGCAUGGAACUGCUACUGGGCUGAAUUGGAAGGCAACGGCACCAUCACCUGGGCAGAUCCGUUGCUGACUCCGGAUGGCUUCAAGGAAGCCGAAAAGGCCAAUGGCUUCUACAAGACUCUGUACGAGCAGCAAAAUAUGCCGCAUUUCGAAUCAUACUACAGCUCCCCCUUGAAGCGAUGUCUUCAAACUGCCAACACGACGUUCAGCACGUUGAAAAUGCCCGCAGAGCACCCGUUCGUGCCCACAAUCAAGGAGCUCUUUCGCGAAGACAUUAGCAUUCACACAUGCGACCGCCGCUCGACCAAAUCUGAGAUUGCCAAAUUCAUGCCAGGAUGGAAGUUUGAAGAAGGAUUCACGGAAAAGGACGAGCUAUGGCAAGCGGACAAAGGAGAGACGUCGGCUCACCAGGUCGCUCGCAGCAAGGCGGUUCUCGACGACGUGUUUACCAACGACGGCUCGACGUGGAUCAGCGUCACGAGCCACUCUGGUGAAAUCGCCGCGUUGCUCACUGCGUUAAACCAUCGCGCCUUUGGCUUGUCCACCGGACAGAUUAUCCCGGUACUGAUCAAGGCUGAGGUGGUGCAGCCUAUACCUACGUCGAGUAUUGCCGGGUUCACCCCCGAAGCCACGUGCAAACAGCCGCCAGUCACAAGUCUCUCGGACAAGGGUUGCGUGUGUUCCAGCACCGGUUCAAUGCCGUCGCCGACAUCGUAG